AACUGUAAUACUGUGUAAUGGCUACUUCCGCUAGCUGGAAGGACUCAAUGUGGCAGAUUCGUCAGAAAUGUGGACGGAUGAAUGUGAAAUAAGACUCUAAAUUCAUAAUUAGAGAAUAUAUUCACUCGGAGGCUGACUCAUAUUUAUCUAUGAAUUACUAUUCGUUUAUCGUUUGGACGCUGGAGUGAUGGAUAAACAAAAAGCAGGUGCUUCAGUGUUUAUGUGUCGGCUUUGCAACCUCUUCUCCCCCAUUCGCUCUGAACUUCUGGCACAUUGCUCCCGGUCGCACCCAGAGCAGGAGUCUCCAGAUGACAUUGUCAUUGCACUGCAGCCCCUUGCAGGAGGACCUCCGGAGACGCUUACAGAGAGUUCGGGGAAACGUAAACGAGGACGACCGAAAGGCUCUAAGAAGAAGAACAACUCAGAUUUGAGAGAGGGCGAUGCUGCUGCUACUCAUUCUCCACAGGAUAUUCAAGAUGUUCAAAAAGAAGGAGUGGAGAAAAAGAAGGCAAAAGAGGCAGACAGAAAAAGUGACUCAAAACAAGGUAACAGUCAUGAUGAGUUAUUGGGUCUGGAGUGUAGAAACUGUCAUCGCUCGUUUGGCAACAGACGACAGAUCCUCAAACACAUCUGCCUGAGAAAAGAGGAAGAAGAGGAGGACGGAGAAGACAGUGGGAGUGUUGGUGGCCAGGCAGGAGCUGAAGGUCCUGAAAGUUUGGAUCCAGGUGGAGGCGAUCCAAACCAAAGUACACACAAAUCAGUAAAACCUGCAGGAGAAAAGAACACACCUAACUCUAAACCUCCCAGAACCAACCGAGGCCACAACUCCAAAGAGGGAAGACAGGCAACAGGGAAGAAGAAGUCACUCAUCAGUGUUUUUCUGACAGAAGAUGAAACACUUCCAGGUGUUACUAAAAUGAUCCCAGUAGAGGAAAACUCAGCUGAAACAGGGUCUGCAGGCAUCCAGGCUCAGCCUCAGAUAUCUGCGGUCCUGCAGAGUCAGACAAAAAGCCUCACAAGUGAAGCCGAAGGCAACCCUGAAAUAGAUCAGGAAGCAAGCUCUAAUCUGACCUCAACAAAAACAACAACCAGCAGAGGCUUCCAGGAAUAUUCUUUAAAGCAAGAUGCUCCCAAUUUACACCAGAGCCAGCUGAAAGUCUUCGCCUGCGAGUUCUGCAAUAAGAUCUUUAAAUUCAAACACUCAUUGGUCGCUCACCUCAGGACGCACACCCAGGAGAAACCGUUCCAGUGUCCACACUGUGACUACGCAUCAGCCAUCAAAGCAAACCUGAAUAUUCAUCUGAGGAAGCACACAGGAGAGAAAUUCAGCUGUCCGCACUGUCCUUUCACCUGUCUCAGCCAGGGUCACCUCAAGGUUCACAUAGAGCGAGUCCAUCUGAAGGUGAAGCAGCACUGCAGCUUCUGUGAGAAAAAAUACUCUGAUGUGAAGAACUUGCUGAAGCAUAUGGAGAAAUGGCAUAACCUGAAAGACCCUGCUGUCCAACAGAGUUACCAACAACUCAGAUUAAAAACUCGUCAGGGCCUUAGACAGCUCCUCUACCACUGCCCCACUUGUAAACGUCAAUUUAAGAACCAGCUGGAGCGGGAACGCCACCUGUUGGUGCAUGGACCUCAGCGUCCCUUCUCCUGCCUCCUUUGUGACUAUGCUGCAACAAAGAUGGCCGCCCUUGCUGCUCAUGUUAGAAAGCACCUUUUCUUGUAUGUUUGCUGCGCGUGUGACGGAAAGUUUGUAAGCGCCCACAGACUGAAGAGCCACCUGGAGGAGACUCAUAACGAGCUGGACCAGGACGCAGCCUUAACAGACUGCAUCAACGACAGCUUCUGUCUGACGCAGGCUGGACAAAACCUGUGGGGAGAGAGGGAAGAUGCAGAGGAAGGGAUGAUGAAUGAGCACAGGAUAGAGCAGGAAGGUGAAGAUGAGAGGAGGAGAGAAGAUGGUAAAGAGGAGGAGGUUGGAGUACAGGGUGACACUGCACAGGGAGAGCAGGCGGUAGAGGGAGAGAAAGAGAGAAAUGGAGGAUUAGAAAACAGAGGUGAACCACAAGAACUGCCCCAUCAAGAGGCUUCUAUAGGAACCACAUCUUCAAUUAACAGACGGGAUGAGCAGGACGAUAUGACAGACUCAUGCACCCCCAACACAGACACAGUUUUACCAACAGAAAGCAUUCACACUGCUGAGGAGAACACACACACACCCUCUACACCAGGAAACACACACUUGAAUGGUUCAAGUGUACAAAUACAUCGAGGGGGAGACACACAGACUUCACAUACAAAAAAGGUGUCUGAAGUUUCCCAUGAAAGUGCGUUCCAGGAGGUUCUCUCGUCCCUUCAGAAAACACGGCUUAACAUCGAGUCUUUCCAACAGCUGAGGAGAAUAUACGGAGAACUGGAAUGUCAAUAUUGUGGUAAACUCUUUAUGUACAAAGUCCAUUAUAACGUCCAUGUACGCACACACACCAAGGAGCACUCGCAUUUCUGCUCCAAGUGCAGCUUCUCCACCAUCACGAAAAGUUCUUUAAAGCGGCACCAGAUCCAGAAGCACAGCGACCUGCUGCUGACUUGUUCUCAUCAGGACUGUGAAUACAACACGCCGGACAAAUACAAACUACAGGCGCAUAUGAAGACGCACGUGGGCAAGAAGAAGAGUGUAGCUUGUCCUGUCUGCCAGCAGAUCUAUCCAGAGCACAGACUAAAACAUCACAUCAAGACCUCCCACCCUGACACACUUCCUGUUCAGGGUGCAGGCCUGAUGGCGCAGGGUGCAGAGAAGUGUCCUUACUGUGACUCCUACUUCGUGAAGAGCAGCAGUGACUUUCAGCGGCACAUCUGGGCCCACCAAGGAGUGAAGCCCUACAUCUGCACUGUGUGUGACUAUGCAACCCGCAACCGGAGCAACUUGAAGACUCACAUGAAUUUACACAACACAGAGAGAAGUCACCUCUGUGAUCUGUGUGGGAAAAAGUUUAAAUCCAAAGUCACACUGAAGAGCCACCGACUGAGUCACACAGAUGAAGGAAAACGGUUUCAGUGUUCAGAGUGCGACUUCACUUCAGUCUAUAAACCUUACCUGCUCCGACACAUGGAGCAACAUGCUGAGUUUAAGCCAUUUCGCUGUGCCCACUGCCACUACUCGUGUAACAUUACUGGUCCCCUGAAGCGACACUACAAGCUAAAACACCCAGAUCAGAAAUAUGAAAACACUGGACCUGGACUGCCUGACGCUGAAGCUCUGAAGCAGCAAGGUGGUAUAAAGUGUCCAGAGUGUGAGUAUGUUUACGGCACAAAGUGGGAGCUGAACCGGCACAUGAAGAACAAACACAGUCUGAAAGUAGUGGAAGGCACCUGGGAGGUUGGUGAGGCUGUAGAGGCCCAGUAUGUGACUAUUGAGGAUGGAGAGCAGCUGACUGAAAUACCUGUAGAAGCCCUGCAGGAGAACGUUGACAUCCAGCAGAUCACUGAGUUCACUUCAGAGACUCAAGAAGCUGUCACAUCUAUGGUUGCCAUGGCUCCUGGCACUGUUACUGUUGUACAACAGUUGCAGGUUGGUGAUGAACAGGAAGUCGGUGACUGCAGCAACCAGCUGAUGGUGGUGAACGCAGACGGAGAUCUAACCGGGGACCAGGUGAUGGUGGUGGAGGACGCACAUGGCCUGGAGGCUCUGACGGUCCUAACUCAGGGAGACAAUACCCACCACUACAUUGUCUACGUCCAGGAGCAUACUGUGGAAAUCAACUGAUGAUGUUAUCAUUUAAUGAUAAAACAGCUGAUCAGUGGAUAGCAGAAGACCAGUUUGCACAAGAGAAGGAAAUUAAGUUUAUGAUUUUGGUGAAGUGAAUGUAUGCAUAUCAUGAUUAAUAGUGUAAUUAAUCAUAUUAAUAAUGUAAAACCAUGCAUGCACUACUUCAUUGUAAAAAUGUGAAAUUUGUUUGUACGUAGAAAACCUAUUUUUAAAUAAAAUCCCUAUCAUGUAAACUUGA